AUGCACCUGACCUCGAGUGAGCUGAAAGCUCAUGCUACCUGCUUGGCGGCCCUGGCCCGUGCCGGCCAUGGCACCCGCACCGUGGACGAUGUGCUGGGCUGGGUGAAGGCUGAGCUGGAGGCCAGGGGCCCUGGGCUGGCUUCGGAGGAGGGCUCGGCGCCGACCUCCUCCUCCGCCCUCUCUCAAGAAGGCCCCGAGGAGCCGACCAGGCCCAGCGUCGCCCCGCCCCAGGGCCCAGCCCCCGCCCAGCUCUUCGCCAAGGCCACACACUCCAGCCACCUCAACUACAGCGACAUCCUGCAGGCCUUUGCCGCCACAGCAUCAGGUCUGGACCCAGAGUCCCUGGCCGACUACCUGCACAACCUGGCGGUGCUGUGCCAUGAGGCGCCGGACAACGAGCUCGUCGUGCGGCCCAGUGUGCACAGCGCCGACCCGUACGGGGCAUCCGGCCGCGCUGCGCCUGCCCAGGCACGCGGGCCUGCACCCCCCAGCCGUGGCCACCCACUGUCCUCGAUGCUAGGAUCGCAGCCUGGGGCGCCGCCUGGCCCCAUGUACCAGCCCCGCCCCCCGGGCCAGCCACUCCCUCCCCGCCACCCGGCUCACGCCUCGCUCCUGGAUGACGGCUUCCGGGGACACGUCGCGCAGCCCCUGCGCUCAUCCUCCGACCCCCUGCGCCUACUCAGCGCUCUGGAGGAGCUGGAAAGGAGGGAAUCGGGGCACGGGCCCCUCGCGCUGGGCGGCGGCCUGCACCUGGGGGAGCUGCCUUGGGAGGAGGCGCCGCCAGCCCUCCCAAGCCUGGCCGCCCACCUGCUCCCGUCGGAGAGCCAGGGGCUGCUGAAGACGUCGUCGGCGCCCGAGCACAUGCUGCCCCCAACCCUGGCCGAGGAGUGGGAGGGCCUGGGCGCGAGUGUCGGUCUGGACCGGCGUGGGAGCUCGUCCUCCAUAUUCACCGCCCCGCCUACCGCCCGGGAGCAGGGCGCCACCGCCAAGCCGUCCGGGCUGUGGCCUGGAGCCAGGACCUUUGUGCAGCGUCGGGCCUCGCGCCUCUCCACACACUGCAUGCCGGCAGAGGAGCAGUGA